AUCGCUCUACAGAAAAAGGCAAUAAAACAAUGAAGAUGAGGCCUGUAUACAGUAUCGCAACUCUAACCUGCCUGUUAGGAUCAGCAUUCAGCAUACCAUUACCUGAUAUUUGUACAAAAUCAGAAAUUAAACCUACUGGAACUUCUACACCAGACACAGACUUAGAAGUCAAUCAAGGAAUAUAUUGCCCAGACACAGAUUUCAAAGCAGAUCAAGAUAAGGAUCGACCAGAUGUCUAUACCACAAUAAUAAAAGCCAAUAAAAAAUGUAAGAGGCUUAUACUUCAGGGUGACAUUGUUUACAAGGUUGGACGCAAUGCUAUCAGUUGCAUGGACUGUUUGUGGCCCAAACAUGAAAGGGGAACUGUGAACGUGCCGUACAUUAUAUCAUCUGAUUACAGUGUCAAUGAAGUAUCUAUGAUCACUGCAGCUAUGCAAGAAUUCAUGACCCUGACAUGUGUGAGGUUUGUUCCUCGCUCAGUAGAAACUGACUAUCUGGAAAUUAAGUCUGAUGAUGGUUGCUGGUCCUACAUUGGAAUGACUGAAGGGACUCAGACCUUAUCUCUGAGGAAGGAUGCAUGCUUUAAUCAUGGAACUAUCCAGCAUGAGUUGAACCAUGCUUUGGGUUUUUUUCAUGAACACUGCCGAAGUGACAGAGACGACUAUGUCACCAUCAUGACACAAUAUAUAUCACCAAACGAUAUGAAUAACUUUUAUAAGGAGAAGACAAAUAACCUUGAUAUUCAAUAUGACUACUCAUCACUGAUGCAUUAUCCAAGCUACGCAUUUAGUAACGACCCAGCUAAAUCUACUAUAAUUCCAAAACCUGACCCAAAUGUCCCCAUUGGUCAGUCAUACGGAUUGAACAAUUUUGAUAUUUCCAAAGUUAACCGUUUGUAUGAGUGCGAUAUCUGUAGCAAUUUGCUCACUUCCCAAACUGGAAAAGUGACUUCAGCAAACUAUCCAUCUGGAUAUCUAAAUAAUACUAAUUGCUUAUGGCUUAUCCGCAUCCCAGCUAAUAAGGUUUUCCUGACAUUUGAAGCAUUUGAUGUCCAGUCCUCCACAAACUGCAUGUCAGACUAUGUUAAAGUAUAUGAUGGAGCCAGCAAAACCUCUCCAGUUCUCCUUGAUAAAACCUGUGGUUCCGAAAUGUUGACCUCACUUCUAGCAUCCAGUAAUUCAAUGCUUGUAGAAUUUGUUAGUGAUGGAGUAGUUACCGCAACUGGAUUUAAGGCUUCAUACAGUACAGUUCACUGUGGUGGUUUUUUUAAUACCUCAUCUGGGAUUAUAACAUCACCAGGAUACCCUAAUCUAUACCCACAAUCUGUUGACUGUAUGUGGCUUAUUACUGCUCCCUCAGAAAAAGUAAAAAAGGUUUUAUUGACUUUUGAUGUUUUUAACCUGGAGAUGUAUAGCUACUGCAGAUACGACUAUGUUCGCAUCUAUGAUGGAAGAACAACGUCCUCCCCAGUUAUCGGCACAUUCUGUGGCAGGAGUUCUUUCAACAGGUUAUCAUCUGGUAACGCUUUGCUGAUAAAGUUCCACAGUGACUAUUCAAAUCAAUAUCCUGGAUUUCAUGCUUCAUAUAAAUUCAUUGGAUAAAUUGGAAAAUUAAUGGACGCAGCUUCUUCCAUCACUCAGAUAAAAGAUUAUAAUUGCACGCUGUAAACUAUAGUUUU